GUUCAUUCAUUAGAAUAUCAGGAUUCAACUGCAUUUAUGUAUAUCUUGCUUUCAUCAAAAGUUACGAAACCCUAAUCCAGAUUUUGGUUCUUCCUCUCCAGCGGUUCAAAAAUAUCUUCUACUUAAAGCUGCUCCAGUAUGGCAGGCUCUGCUCCACAAUUUGAUGACCUGAGCUGGCUGAAUGAAGUAGUCGAGGAGGAGGAAGAUGAUGAUGAGUUCUUCACUUCAUAUGAUGAGGUCCAUGAGAGCUUUGAUGCCAUGGGCUUGCAAGAUAAUCUUCUUAAGGGUAUCUAUGCUUACGGUUUCGAAAAGCCUUGUCCUAUUCAGCAAAGAGGAAUCGUACCCUUUUCCAAGGGUCUUGAUGUGAUCCACCAGGCUGUGCCUAGUACUGGAAAAAUCGCCACUUUCUGCUCUGGCAUCUUGCAGCAGCUUGACUAUACCUUUUUCCAGUGCCAGGCUCUCGUUUUGGCUCCCACCAGGGAGCUUUCUCAGCAGAUCGACAAGGUCAUGCUUGCCCUUGGCGAUCACCUUGGCGUCAAGGUUCACGCCUGUGUUGGUCCAGUUAUAAGCCGUGAUGAUCAGGGCAUGGUCAAGGCUAAUGUUGAUGAUCAGGGCAUUGUCAAGCCUACUAAUGUUCAUGUUGUGGUUGGAACUCCUGGUCAUGUGUUUAACUUGUUGCGAAGACGAUAUCUUCAUUAUGAUUGUAUAACGAUGUUUGUCCUUGAUGAAGCUGAUGAAAUGCUCUCUCUUGGUCUCAGGGAUCAGAUCUAUGCCAUAUUCCAGUUUCUCCCACCUAAGACUCAGGUUGGAGUAUUCUCAGAAAAGCUGCCACCAGAAGCUCUUAAUAUGACAAGGAAAUUCAUGAGCAAACCAGUGAUGAGAAUCUUGCUGAAACCUGAUGAGCUGAUCACACUUGAAGGUAUCAACCAAUUCUACGUGAAUGUGGUGAAAGAAGAGUGGAAGCUCGAGACUCUCUGCGAUCUUUAUGAGAUUCUACCUAUCACUAUCACUAAGAGUGUCAUCUUCGUCAACACUCGUCGUAAGGUUAAGUGGCUCACAGACAAAAUGAGAAACCUUGACCACACAAUCUCGGCAAUUAAUAACGACAUGGACCGAAACACAAUAGACAUCACCAUGAGAGAAUUUAUGUCUUCAUCUGGUAUUCUCAUCACAAACGAUCUCUUGGAUCGUGGUACUGGUAUUGAUGUGCUGCAGCAAGUCUCUCUGGUCAUUAAUUAUGACCUCCCAGUUCAGCCGGAGGACUACCUUCACCGUAUCGGAAGAAGUGAAAAAUUCGGGAGAAAGGGUACUGUUGCAAUUAACUUUGUGACUGUUGACGAUGAGAUAAUGCUGUCUGAUAUUCAGAAAUUCUACAAUGUGGACGUUGAGGAGCUGCCAGCAAACUUCGUUGAUUUGCUGUGAAGAAGAAGAUGAAAGGCUACUUGUUUGUAUCUUUAGCUAUGUUUUGUCAGUAUAGGCCUAUUUCUUGCUGCAAUGUUUUAUAUCAAAUCAUCUCCAAGCUGUUGCACCGAAACCAAUCCGCUUUUAUCAAGGAUAGACUUCUGAUGGAGAAUUUGCUUCUUGCUACAGAACUGACAAAAGAAACAGGGGAACAUCUCCAAGCGAGAGGAACUGUAGGUUCCAUCAUGGAAAGAUUCUUUUCCAAAGUUUUUAACAGAUCUUCAAAAGAAGCCUCUUGAUCUCUCUGCUUACCAGUAUGAAACAGAGCACGGUAAGUAAAACGAGAAUGAAUAAACCCAGGAAAAGACGAAGCCCAUCGAAAAGUUUCCAAAGCUCAAGACGCUGAUUUCUGGUCUAGAAUGAGACGGACGAUAUGGUCAUCGCGAGGCACAGAAGAAAGCGAAGAAGACGAAGCCAUAAUCUUGUCAAUGGCUCCACAUAAUAUAGACAAGACGUCGAAAGGUUCAAGCUUUUCAGCAUCAGAGACACAAUAAAUGUCACAACUUGAGUCUAGUCCAAGGAGCGACCUUUAACACUAUUGUAUGCAAAUUUGCUGUAACUAAUGUGUGAACAAAUGUUUGAAUCUUAUUUCGUUGCUGAAUACGUCACUUGAAAAAUACUUCUUAUA